AGAGCACUGGCUGUCAUUUAUUGCCUCUUUAGCCCCACCAUGGCUUGUGAGGGGAUGCUGAGAAUAGAUUGAGCGCCAUUUACCAGGAUAUAUUGGUGGUAUCAUGACAAUGUAAGGACGGACACAUUUCGGUUGACCACCCGCUUCAAGAUAUGUCUGCAGCGAUGUUGAGCACCCCUACUAACAAGCUCAAUGUAUUGGUCAACAAACUGCACGAAUUCUUGGCUCAUUCUGCUGUUGAGGACAGCAAUGGCACGCCAACUUCAGCGGAUGCUGAUGAUCUGACAAACAGGAACUUUUCUGUGGGGAACUCAACAGGUCAUGCUGCAGCAGAGGCACGACUGGAUACCAAAUACUCAAGGAGAAAACCAUCUGUUGUCAUAAAGCACUCUGGAUUGGAUGAAUCUGGGGAUUCAAAUGAAAGUGAAGACUUGGAUUUACCAGUCAGUGCAAAUGGUCACCUUGAUGUCACUAGAUUGCCAAAAGGCACUGUACUGGUGAGGCCCGAACCUGUUGAUAAUGGAAGAGAUGACUUCAGGGGUCCAGAGUUUCGCAGCCGAAAAACAGGCGUACUGCGGAAAGAGUUUUCAAGAAGACGUGGGGGAGUUGAACACAUGGAAAUUGUCAGUUGCACCGCAUGUGGCCGCCAAGUUAACCACUUCCAGAGAGAUUCCUUCUAUCGACAUCCAGUUCUCAAAGUACUUAUUUGCAAGUCUUGCUACAAGUAUUACUUAAGUGAUGACAUCAGUAAGGAUGGAGAUGGAAUGGAUGAGCAAUGCAGAUGGUGUGCUGAAGGAGGCAACUUGAUCUGCUGUGACUAUUGUAGCAAUGCCUUCUGCAAGAAGUGUAUUCUAAGAAAUUUGGGGAGGAAGGAGCUGUCUGGCAUCUUGGAGAGCAAAUGGUACUGCUAUGUGUGUAGCCCGGAGCCCCUUUUUGACCUGGUGAUGGCCUGUGACAGUGUCCUUGAGAACAUGGAGAAUCUGUGGCAUCAGCAGCGCAAGAGGAACCGAGUAGGCCCGGAGAAAUCUGAACUUUAUGACAUAUUGCCACACUUACCACAGAACGUUCCUUUGGAUAAAUGGGAUCACACGGGUAUGGAUGGUAAUGUGGUGUUCAACUAUAGCACACUGCAGAUUUCCAAGGAUAUUACCAAAAGGGCCAAACAUUUAGUGGACUCAACAAACAUCUUAAACCGAACUUUUGUCAAUUUCAUUCAUUCUGUGACAUCGAACAAACGGACACCCGCUGUUCGCAAUCUGUAUCUGAACUCUUUUUUGUCUGUAGUUAAAGGGUUGCGAAAAUCACUUGCAGCACUUGAGGACAGCCUUAAGGAAGAAUUCAGUGACUUGGAUCUCCUAAGCUGUUGGGAAAAGUUCCUCAGUGAGGGCUUUGAUCCACAACCUGUAACAGAAGCAGACACAGAGCUGGACAUCUCUGAUGAAAGAUGCUUGAAUGACUUGCAAAAAUUGGCAGCUGAACAUUUGGUAGAUCAUGAUUCUGACUCCAAGGGCUUCACAGAUGGGAGAAGUGCACAUGACUGCCCUGGGGAAGACAUAGAUUCAAAUACACACAAACCCAGACAGAGGGCACACAAGAUUGGCCUGAAGCCUUCUGAAAGUGGGGUCAACAUGACUAAAAAACUUGUUGUAAAACUUACACCUGUACCUAUGGAGCGGGAGCAAUCCUCUGAUGCCCCGAAGAUGGAGAAGGACACCAACAUGAAAGAUUUGAAGUCAGAAGGACAUUAUAUAUCAGAAGAUGAAGAGACAGGUGUUGUAGGUGCUAAAGCUGACAGCAAGAUGAGCAAUGACAACUCCAGCGCGUCUCUACAUCCAGAAGAGGAACAAGGCAACCGACGAUCUCCUCGCGUGAAGACAACACCUUUGCGUCGACAAAGUGAUGUCAAGGGCAAAACGUCUCUUUCGGCAGCAGACAGCGACAGUGACUCUGACCCAGAGGAAACCUCCAGCACAGUACCAGCCAAAAACACUGAAGAACAAAGUCUGAGCAGAGCAAGAGACGACUCUGACUCAGAUGAAGUCCCUGCAGCCCUGCUUGCGCGAGCAGCUAUAUCACAAAGCUCCGAUGAGCCCCAGAGUGAUGAGGACGGUGGAAAAGCAUCAACCAAGGUGGCAAAGAAAUGUCUCUUUUGGCUCACUAAGAACACCCCGAUCUCACCAGAAAAGAUGCGCCGCAAACGCAAGAUGCUGGACUGUUCCCCGGAGUCUGACUCAAGCGACAGAAGAGUAAAGUCUCGAAGGGAAAGUGGGUCGGAUUCCUCUAGUGAUGAUCAAGACUCGCAGAAGAAAAUAAAACACUUGAAUAUGCUGAGGUCGGUAGGGAAGGCUCACCUCGUCAAAAGAGAGGACGAAGGGGUGGCUAGAAAACAGGGUAGGAUGCAGGCUGGGAAGUCUAAGACUAAAGCUCGUCAGGAAGCAACAGAGUCGUCGUCCUCAUCAGACGAAGAUGAUAACGAUGAUGACUCUGGGAGUGACGGAAGUGACCAGAAGAUGAAGCCAAUUACUGAAGAUGUGACCUUACUGGGGGGAGCGACAUUCCACCAAUCAUCGGGAGAUGAGGAGCAAUCUGAGCCCUCGUGGGCAGCAGAAGAAGAUGACGAUCCAGAAAAUAGAAUCGCUAAGAAAAUGCUAUUGGCCCAAAUCAAAGCCAACUACUCCUCCGGUGAUGAAAUCUCUACGGAUGAGGAAACACAGGAGGAUGAGUCUGAGUCUGAGGGGGACGAGGUCAAACAAAGCAACGAGGACAAUGGAACAGAUGAAAAUGGGGAAGAUUUGACUUCAGAGCCGUCUGACACCACGUCUGAUGGAGCCAACGCCAGGCACCAUCUCCUCCGCCACAAACUAACUUUAGAUGAGGGAACGUCAAAUGACAAGGCUGCGGCAGAGAGCGAAGUAGGGAAGCAGGAGUGCAAGCAAAGAGCCAGCAGCAAACACCUGAGCUCUGACAGUGAAAGUGAUGGUGACAGUAACAAGUCGGAGCCAGAGGAUGUUGGGAUGAGUGAGGAGCUGAGUCAGUCAGAAGAUGAGGCCAGCGGAAAUGGGUCCAAAAGGUCCACUAAAGAGAAGGAGUCACCCCGUAGUAACGAACAGAAGAAACAAGUGCCCUGCAUUUGGCUGACUGACUCCAGCAGUGAAAAGAGUGAUAAAGAGGAUGCAGAUGAGAUGAGCGACAGUAAAGGCACCCCCAAAGGACGCAAAAAGAUCCGCAAAAUCAUUGAAGAUGAGAAUCUCCGUACAGAGACCCAGGAAGCUCUCAGAGAGGAGGAGGAGAGAUGCAAACGGCUGGCAGAUAGGGAACAACAGAUGGAGGACAGGAGAGAGAUAAUUGUUAUAGGGGAUGAGCUGACUCAAGUUGUGUGUCCCAUCACCACCAAACUGGUUCUGGAUCAGGAUGAGGAGACCAAGAAGCCUCUUGUUCAGGUGCACAGGAACCUUGUGACAAGACUGAAACCUCAUCAGGUGGACGGUGUCCAGUUUAUUUGGGACAGUUGUUGUGAGUCUGUGAAGAAGGCCAACUCCUCUCCUGGAUCAGGCUGUAUACUGGCACACUGCAUGGGCCUGGGAAAGACUCUGCAGGUGGUAACGUUCCUCCACACGGUGCUGCUGUCGGAGAACCUGAAAUUCAGAACGGCCCUGGUCGUGUGCCCACUUAAUACUAUUCUCAACUGGGUCAGCGAGUUUAAGAAAUGGCAGGACAACAUGGGACAGGAUAAAGUAAAAGUUACAGAACUGGCUACAAUAAAACAUCCUCCAGAACGAGUCAGAGCUCUGCAGAGGUGGCAGCGAGACGGAGGUGUCCUGAUAAUGGGGUACGAGAUGUACCGCAUCCUGUCGCUAGCCCAGAAAAUCCAGGACGUGGAGAGUAAGAGAGAGAUGAAGAGCAUACUGGUGGAUCCAGGCCCAGACUUUGUGGUUUGUGACGAGGGGCACAUCCUGCGCAAUGAGGCAGCCAAUAUCUCCAAAGCUAUGAAUGCCAUCAAGACCCGACGGAGAGUGGUGCUAACUGGCACACCACUGCAAAACAACCUGGUCGAGUAUCACUGCAUGGUCAAUUUCAUUAAGAAGAAUCUUCUGGGCUCACUGGGUGAAUUCCGAAACCGCUUCAUCAACCCCAUACAGAACGGCCAGUGUGCGGACUCCACACCUAGAGACGUUCGAAUCAUGAAGAAGCGAGCACAUGUACUUCAUGCUAUGUUGGCUGGAUGUGUGCAGAGAAGAGAUUACUCAGAGCUGACUCAGUUCCUACCUCCCAAACACGAGUAUGUGCUGGCAGUGAGGGUUUCCCCACUUCAGUAUAAGUUGUACCGCUACUACCUUGACCACUUCACUGGUGUGGGUUCCAUGACGGACAGAGCACAUGUGAAGACUGGAGCAAACCUGUUCAAAGACUUUCAGGUGCUCGGCCGAAUUUGGACUCAUCCCUGGUGCCUUCAGCUCAGCCAAAUCAGCAGAGAAAACAAGGGAUACUUUAAAAAGAAGAAACAACAAAAAGCUCUGCUAAGAAAGGAAGAAACCGCUGUGGCUGAGAGUGGACUGAGAGAGAACGGAGGGCACAAAGAUGACAGCAAUGGCUUUUCUACAGGCGCUCAAGCAGGGGAAGGAGAGAAAGCAACCAUCAGCUCGCCGUCUCAAAGUCAAGAAGCGGGCUGGUUCAAGAAUCUGGUGUCUGAAAGGGACGCGAAAAUCCUGGAGCACUCUGGGAAGAUGGUGCUCUUGUUUGAGAUCCUCAGAAUGGCUGAAGAACUGGAAGAUAAAGUGCUUGUGUUCAGUCAGUCCUUGAUUUCAUUAGACCUGAUUGAGGAUUUCCUGGAGGCUUCUCACCGUGCCAGAGACCCGUCAUCAUUGAAAGCAGGAAGCUGGAUUAAAAACAUUGAUUACUAUCGUCUUGAUGGUUCCACCAAUGCUCCGCUGAGGAAGAAAUGGGCAGAUCAGUUCAAUAAUGCUGCCAAUGUCCGCGGCAGAUUGUUUCUUAUCUCAACGAGAGCCGGAUCACUUGGCAUCAACCUUGUUGCUGCCAACAGGGUCAUCAUCUUUGAUGCCUCAUGGAAUCCCUCAUAUGACGUACAGAGCAUAUACAGGGUGUACCGCUUCGGUCAGCUCAAACAAGUGUUUGUGUACCGCUUCUUGGCUCAGGGCACCAUGGAGGAGAAGAUCUAUGAUCGUCAGGUGACCAAGCAGUCUUUGUCCUAUCGUGUGGUGGACCAGCAACAGAUUGAGAGACACUUUACCCUUUUUGAACUGACUGAACUUUACAUAUUCGAGCCAGACCUGCUGUAUGACCCAAACUCUAAGAAAAGCAAAAGAACCACCUCUGUUUUGCCAAAGGAUAAAGUCCUGGAACAGCUAUUACUAACCUGUAAAGACCAGAUAGUGUCUUUCCACGAGCAUGAAUCUCUGCUGGACCAUAAACAAGAGGAGGAGCUCAGUGAGGCAGAACGCAAAGAUGCCUGGGCUGAGUAUGAGGCUGAGUCAAACACAGCCAGUCUUCUACUCAGCUCCAGCCAGGAGACCUUGAAUUUGAAGACAAAUGAACAGCUACUGGAAUUGCUUAACAAGAGCAGAAUGAAUGUAUCGGAGGCGUUCCUGUCGCUGCAGAGGAUGAGGUCUCACACUAUCGAGGACUACAUGUCACGAGUGCGGCAACAGUAUCCUCAGCUGCUGGAGACUUUCGUUAUGACCAAAGCUCAGUUUUGGAAAGUGUGUGAUGAGAAGGAGCAGGAACGUAGACAGGCCUUUUAUCGAGACGUUCUCACACAGCAGCAAUCACUCACGCUCAGCAUUCAGGCCAUACUGAACAGUCGACGAAACCAAGUGAUGCCGACCACUGUGACCACCGUGAACCAGCCUGGACAGGCUUGAACAAGGGAAUUGUGUCUUGAUAGGGAAUAAAAAGAUGCCUUUGUUCUUCUUCACACUACAAGGACCUUAUUUAAUUUCAUAUUGAAUGUGUGUUUUACCAGUAUAGAAAGAGAGGAAUGCACUAAGGACCAAUACCACCAUAACAGCAUCUUAUUAUCACAUAUUGUAGAAUUAGAAUUUCAGGUACUCCGUUAUAAUUAUGUUCAGGUGGACUGACAGUUUUGUUCUUUAACACACUGAGCACUUUAACUUACACAGGGUAUGUAGUUAGGUUGCGCAAAUAGGUUCACAAAUAGCUGUAACUGCUUCAUACCAAAAAUAUGGUGUGGAGUCUGAAUCGAUUUAGUGGUUUCCACACUGGAUGUUUACCGUACAUGCCUUACUAUUUUACUCUAUCAUUUUAUAUGUUUGGUACCAAUUGUUAUAAUAAAUUAAUAAAAUAACAGAAAUGGGA